AUGUGGAAUGGAUUUGUUUAAGAUAAUGUCGGAGGAUAAUACAAUGACGAGGGUAAGAAAGAAGGUUGAUGGAAAGAAUUGAUAGCAAAUUAUUGGAAGUAAAUUUUAAUGAUAUAUAUAAUAAAUAGGAAAGCCUAAGUAUAUUUAAUAGGUAGCUUACUCUAAUGAUCAAAAAUUAGGAUUUUGGAAAUAUAUUUACAAUUAUAAGGAUAUGUUAAUAUAUAAUAAUUAUUAUUAUAAAAUGGUGGUGGAGAUUAUAAUGAUAAUAAUUAAAAAUCUGGAAAAUGGAUUGAAUUAAAUGAAUUGGAAGUAUUAACUUGUGAUUUAUUAUUUUAUUAGUUAUAAUAAAGUAACUGAAGAAGGCUUUAAUGAAAUGGCCAAAAAGUCAGUCAAUAAAAAUAUUUUUGAAUUAAGAUAGAGAAAAUAAACUUAUGUAAAAUACUUUAAUUAUUUUUUAAAUAAAAAAACAGUGGUGGAGGAAUUUAUUCAAAUAAAAAUAUUGUAGGAUUCAUUAAAAAAGGCAUAUGGAUUGAAUUGAGCCAUGGUUUUAAGGAGUAAUUAUUGAGCAAUAUUAUUUACAUUGUUAGAUAUAGUUAGGUGACUUAUAAGGGAGAAUAUGAAAAUGAUUAAAAAGUUGGUAGAUGGGAUAUUUAUUACAAGGACU